AUGAUCAAAACAUAUAGCUUACAGUUUGAGUCUCAAGAAAUUGAAUAGAUGUAUCGUUAAUCAUAGCUGACUGGUCUAAAGUAUAGACGUGAAUACUUAUACACAGUUAUAAGUGUUUAUCUAAUACUUAUUAUUAUCAAAUAUAAAGAGUAUUAGAAUUCGACUCCUUAAAUAUUUGCUGGUGUUAGUUUGUCAUUAAUAAUGACUAGUUAUAUAGUAAUAAGGAAAUAUCAAGAAUAUAAAGAAAUUUUAGUUGUUGCUAAUAUACUUCUUAUGAGUGCUAUAAUGGAAAGCUUAAGACUCUAUGGAUUAGAAUCAAACUAAUGGUAUUAUGGUAAUCACUCAUCAAUUCUAAAGAUUUGUAAGUACAUUUAAUAAUCAUAGUAAUCUAUUUAACUGGCUCAUCGUUUAUUUUUUAAACAUUUUUUUUUCUCUUAACUUAGAUUGCAAGCUUUUAUAAUUUCUAAACAUAUGAUAUAUAAUCAGUCAUAUCUCAUUGUAUCAUAUCUAUCUUGCUUGUUUUAUUACGAUAUCAGUAUGAGAUGAUUAACAGAAAACAUUUUUUGGUCAAUUUAUCCAAAGUUCAAUAUGAAAAUAUUUUAGAAGAUUUAUUACCUUCAUGGGUUGUUAUUGUUAAAUAUAACAAAUUAACUGGUUCAUUAGAUAUUGAAAAGAUAAAUAAACAUUUGAAAGAAAAGUUUAGUUUGUAUAAUAAUGAAGCACUUAGAGAAUUUUUAAGAAAAUUAGUAUUCAACGAUAUGCAAAUUCAAAAUUCUUAAUAAUUAAUCAAAUUAGAACAUGAAAUAAUUUAAGAACUCAAAUUGAAAAAUGAAGAUCAUCCAGUUCAAAAAUAUUUUGCUCUUUUAAAAGAACAAGAUUAAACUAGGAGAUUCAAAGUUACUUAAGUUUAUUUUAAUUCUUUUCAACCAUAAAUUCUAUUACUCUUUGAAGAAAUUGAAGAAGAUAAAUAUGAUUAGUACAUAAAUGCUAUCGAAUAAAGAGAUAAAUAAUAAUAUGUAAUAAUCUUUUAUUUAUCAUAGUAAAAUGCUAAAUUAAGUUUACUAUAGAUCAAUCUUCAACUUGAGAUUAUUUAAUAAUUUUAUCAAGAAAUUUUAAAAUAUGAAUACCUUACCCCGGUUUAAUAAAACUUAAAAUAAUAAUUACAAUUAAAUUAUUUCCUUUACAAUUUGAACAGCAAUCUUUACAAUCUAUAUCAAAUUUGUUAUAGGUAAAUUAAAAGUGACAUAAACAUUUUAUAAUUGAAUUAAUUUAUAAUCGAUGUAUGCCUUAAUCUCCAAAUAGAAUACAAAAAAAAUAAACUAGAGGAAAAAGAUUCUAAUAUUAAAAAUGCAAUCCUGAGAACUGAUAAAUAAAAGCUCAUUUCAAUUAUCAUGAAUUUAGUUUAAUUUAUAAAACUACUGCUAUCUAUUAUCCACUGUGAUACUACUAUUCCAAAUCAGCCUUAUCCAUUAAAAAAGCCAAUUAAACUUUCAGUAAAAUAAUCCAAAAAUUUUGAUAACACUUUAUUAUUCUCAUUAAGCCAUCCUAAUUUAAAUAUUCUUGGCUCAAUUAUUACAGAAUUAUAAAAUAUUCAAUCCUUUUAAUUGGAUGAUGAUAAAAGAAAUUGGGAAUACAGAAAUUUUUUUGAUAAAAUAACAAAUAUAAACUAAACGUUACAGCAAAUGUUGAAUAUGUAUUAAAAGGAAAUAACUUCUUAUAAAAUAAUUUAAAUUGAUAAUCAAAAAUCAAAUUAUACUUAGAAUCAGAAGUCAAAUCAUAAUAUAAAUUAAUUAGAAUUUAAUACUUUAGGAUAUAUAAUAGCUCAAUAUUUUGUGAGCAUAUUAGGUCCAUAGAAUAGGUUUACUUUUAAGUAAACAUAUUUAGAGCCUGAAGGAUAUAACACAUCUUAAUUCAUAGGAAUAUAAUAAACAAAAAUACAAUUCUCUAUCUAUAAAAAUUAUUUAAAUUUUAAGAAUGAUAUAACAAGUGAAUAAAAGAAUUUUUUUGAAAAUGAUAUUCCGAUAUCCUCAGAAAAAUUGACUAAUUAACAAAUAUUUUAAAAUCUUUAUUAAAUAACUGGGAAAACAAAAUGA